CGUUAUGUUAAAAGCUGGGCUCCAAAGGCUUCAUCCUACCUACCAGACUGCCUUUUUCCAUCUCCCAACCCUCUUCAACGAGCCGUGAGCACGUGCUAGCGUAGCUGGAAGUCGCCCACGAUGGCUCUGUCAACCCAAGUUCUUCUCGCACUUCUACUCCAAGCCGUCACCAGCGCCUCCGGGCAUGCGAUACAUCCCUCGCGCGGCCGGCCAAGCAUUCGGGCGGAAACCACAUCCCCGCUAACAAACUGUGCAUUAUUUGCCAGGUCUGUUCUAGCCGCCAAUGACACCCUGCCGGUCAAUGGUACGGAACCGGAACCGCCAUACGAUCUCAACCCACCAGGGAAUGGUACCCUAGCACCCCCCAUCCGGCCGGGCCCGCCCCCGGAGAUCUUCCCCCCGCAGCCCGACGCGGGGCCUGGCGGCAGUACCUACAGAGAUUCGGCCCACUUCCGGCUCUUCUACAACGCCAGCAGGAGCCCGAUCUCCGCCGUUGAUGAGGCCCUCAGGACGCUAGAGGGUACCUUUGACUGCCUCAUCGGCGACCAUGGCUGGCGCUCCACGGGCUUGUCGUACUACCUGAACCGGGGUUACCCGGGCCAGGAGCGGUUCAGCAAUUACUAUAAGACUAACAUCGACGCGGUGCCAAAGAUCGGCGACGGCCGGGUCGCAGGCGUGAUGAACGUGGCGAGAGAGCAGGGCGCCUCCUGGAUCCAGGUCGAGGACACCUACCUGAACGAUGCAUUCCUCCUGAGCCACGAGUACGGUCACGCGCUGCACUUCCACCAGCGGGCAUGGGAGCAGGAACAGAACGCCAGGUCCUGGUGGGAGACGGUCGCCAACUGGGUCGCGGACAUGUACGUCAUGUCGCCGCUGUGCGAGGCCGCCAGGGCGAGGCACAACCAGAGCGGGCGGGAUUGGUUCACAAACAUAGAGCUGGGAAGGGUCGUGGGCGAGUCGUACCGGGUCAUCGUCGACGCUACCCCCGACGGCACACAGAACUACUACCAGGCCUGGCCUUUCUUCACAUACCUUACCAACAACCCGGAUCACAUUCCCGGCUUGGGCACCGACGCCAUGAGGCAACUGAUGGUGCAGUAUCCGGAAAACGCCAACGAGACCCCUCUGCACACACUGCAGCGCGUCCUCGACAGUGCCCCGGACAGCAACAACAUCACCGUCGGCGAAGUCGUCGGCCGCUACUGGACCCGCAUGGCGCACGUCGACAUCGGCCACGCACAGGCGAGCCAGGCCUGGCUCGGCCAGCGCUGGUGGAUGACGUUCGACAACAUCGAGCGGACCGGGUCGGCCACCGGCGUCAACGGAACUGUCGUCAACACUUAUAAGCCCAAAGACGGCCGCUCGGCGCGGUACAUGGGCGCCAACCUCAUCCAGCUCGUCACGCGCGGAACAGUUGGGUCGAAGGAGGUCACGGUCCGCGUCAAGAUCAACACCACCUACUCGAGCGGUUCCUACACGGCCGCCAUGGCUGUCCGCAAUAUCUACGACGGAACGGUCCGCUACGUCGAGCUCGUCGACGGGGCCGGGUCCGUGACGGCCAAGAUCACCGAUGAGGAGGUUGCUCUGGUCGUGGCAAACACACCCCGGAAGCUUAUUAUGUACGACGGCUACCAGGUGAGGGGCCACCAGGUAGAUGUGGGGAUGGAGUUUUCCUUCGAGCUGACUGGCGCGACUGUCAUGAGCCCAUAUUGGGGAGAGAGCGAGUAGUUGGGUAAUUAAUUAAAAGGGGAAAAAUAGGUUGGAGACGAAGAUAAUAAAUGUGAGAGACGAGAGACAGGGAGUGAGUUCCACUGGGCAGGCGAGAGGGGACGCAGCCUGAUCAAGUGUCCCGGAUAAGCCAGCAGAACUGGAUCCACGCACGGGACGCGGGGCAGCCAUUACGAGGAACAAGAUACGAGGCCAAUAGAGCAGGCGCUCAGUGAGCUCAGUUGCCAAGAUCAUUGAGCACACUGAGGCACACUGGAUACACUCUCUCAGCUUAGCCGACUCACAUCGGGUAAGCUGGAUUCAUUCAUAUCACUAUCGCCUUUUCCAGCUACACAGAAGCUCCUAUCAAAAGAACUGGCUAAGCCUUCAAUUGAUGAUAUCAACAAUGGUGGUCGAACCGUCUGAAUCUCUACAUCGCCAAGCCGCUGAAUCACGUAGACCACUGCUCUAAGCCCCUGAAUUGCCCUACGCAGCGCUCCCU